CUGGGGUGGGAGGUGCUGCUAGCUCUUGGCGGGAGAGGCGGUGCUGGUGGGUGAUUUGGGGCCGCCGAGGAAUGUAGAUUUUCAUCCUGGAUAAGACAUCACAUCCAUGAUACCUUGAUUUAGUCCACUGAAAAUGAAGCAAGAUUCUACUAGAAACACUGCUUACACUGUGGAUUGUGAAGAUUAUGUGCAUGUGGUAAAAUUCAAUCCAUUUGAUAGUGGAGAUGCAUGUUCCCUCAUUGCAUAUGGUGGCAGUAAUUACGUAGUUGUUGGGACGUGCAGAUUUCAGGAGGAGGAUGCGGAAGUGGAAGGCAUGCAGUAUAAGACACUAAGAACAUUUCAUCACGGAAUCCGAGUUGAUGCCAUAGCAUGGAGUCCAGAAACUAGACUUGAUGCUUUACCUCCCCAGAUAAGGUUUUGCACUGCAGCUUCUGAUAAGAAAUUAAGGCUAUUUACUUCAGACCUGCAGGACAAGAAUGAAUUUAAGACAUUUGAUGGCCACUCAGAUUACAUUAAUGAUCUGGUGUUUGCUCCCAAAGAAGGUCAAGAAGUUGCAAGUGUAAGUGAUGAUCACACCUGCAGGGUCUGGGAUUUGGAAGGAAAUGAGAAGGCCCAUUUUGUUUUACGUUCUCCUGGAAUGAGUGUUUGCUGGCAUCCCGAGGAGGCUUUUAAGCUGAUGGUAGCAGAGAGAAAUGGAACAAUACGAUUCUAUGAUCUAAUUACACAGCAGGCCAUUCUCUCCCUAGAGUGUGAACAAACGCCGCUGAUGUCCGCAGACUGGUGUUUAAAAAAUACUCUCAAAAUUGGAGCAGUUGCUGGAAGUGAUUGGCUAAUCUGGGAUAUUAGUCGCUCCAGUUAUCCACAGGAUAAGAGACCCGUCCAUGUUGAUCGAGCCAGAUUAUUCAGGUGGUCCCGAGUGAAUGAAAAUCUGUUUGCAACCACUGGAUACCCAGGAAAGACAACUACUCAGCUGCUUGUUCAUCAUUUAGGACAUCCCCAGCCCAUUCUUACAGGCACUGCAGCUGUGGGAUCUGGUUUGACAUGGCACAGAACUCUUCCAUUAUGUGCAGUUGGAGGAGAUCAUAAAAUUUUCUUCUGGGUAACUGAAAUGUAAAAUAAGCAUUUGGCUUCAGUAUGAAACUGUACAGCAUAAUGUCUCUUCUCUAGUAAAACAAAGGUAUUUACUCUUUGUACUGGUAUUUAUUCACUUGGAGAACAUAAAAAAGGAACAAGUAAAACUUGAAACAUUUGUGUUUGAUUUUUAGCUUGCAAAUACAAGAGCUUUUGUAAAAUCGGUUAGCAUACAUCUGAUACUUGGUUACUUCCCUUAAAAUAAAAUGUACCCUAUUUUAACACGGUAUUUGGAGUGAAAUGAAUUUUUAAAAGUGUUUUUUUUAAGAAAUUUUGUAUCCAGCAUCUCAGUCUGGCAAUCUCGCUCAGUUAACACAGUUCAAAUACUUUGAAAUUCCAGACAGAAAGAACACCUGUCUCUGUAUUAACUUUCCUGACCAUCGCUAUCUUAUAAGAAAGAAAUGCAAUUACGUACUGUUACAAAA